ACUGAUACUGAUGGAUAUACUAAAAAAAGAAGACAAAACCUAACCACACCUAACCCUAACCUAAAAGUUUAAAAUUUUAAAUUUUUUGUUAUCGUUUAUCAUUUUCAGUUAAAUUAAAAUAUCAGUCGUUUCCGUCCGUUGUUUGUCUGUUCUGUGGUCGGUGUUAUCAGAUAUCAGCAUGUUAUUUAUCAUCUAACACAGCACAUUUCUGCCAUAAUCUACUACUAUCAGCAAAUACUAAUAGACGACCAGUGUAUUUUUAUAAUAAAAUUACUUAUUUAGUCAGUCUAUGAAUUUGUAAUUUGAUGUACAUUUUAUAACAUGUCUUGAUUUAAUCUAUUUUUUAUUAUAUAAAGGUAAAUAUUAAAAUGACCAGUACAGCUCCAGUACAUUUAAAUGAGUGUGAGGUAGAGUUAAAUUAUAAUUAUGAAUUUGCUGAUGAAUCCACAACAUACUACAAUCCUCUACCAUUAUAUGAAGAAUAUAUCCCAGGUGGUCAAGAAUUAAAGAGAGAAUUUACCAUUGUGGAAGAAAUUAUCAAAAUAGAAGACACUGUUAUACCAGAUGUGCCUAUUAAGGAAGAGGACAACAAUAAUAGUGGCCAAGAGGCAACAGUAGAGCAAUCAAAAGUUAUUAAAAAUCGUAGGCGUCAUAGAAAUAAACCGAGAAAAUCUCGAUUGGAAUGUAACAUAUGCGAAAUAGGUUUCAACUCCAUUAUUCAAAAAGGAAGACAUCUAAAAUUACAUCAUGCAAAAGGAACACCCAUUUGUCAUAUAUGUGGAAUUUUUGUUAAGACAUUCGGCCACCUGAUAGACCAUUAUUUAAUCCAUCGAAUGAAAAGAAAAAAGAAAUCUCCUAAGAAGGCAAAAAGAAACGUGGAACAGUUUAAAGAAGAAUCAAUACAAAAAGACAGGAACCACAAUGAUUUACCAACCAAAAUUAAAAACAGGAAUGAGUCAACUAUUCAUAAAUUCAAAAGGAAAAAAAUUCCAGUGACUACGAAUAAAAUAAAAAAAGAAAUCAACAUCGACAGUCUUCCACAAAAGGUUUUUAAUAAUAACGUGGUAAAUCGUACAGUCAAACGAAAAAAGAAAGUUAUUGAUAAAAUCAAAAUACAGGAAGAGGGUAGCAAAUGUAGUAAAGUAAAACAGCUUGAUACUGUUCAAAAUAAAACUGAAAUAAAUCAGAGCAAUGUUCUGAAGAAGGCAGAAAGAGAAAGAAUAUAUAAAACUAGUCUUACACCACUAUAUAAGCACCACAACAGAAUUGUAUAUUAUAAAUGUUCAGAAUGUUUACUAGAAAUAGAGCAUUUAAGUUUCAUGAGGGAGCAUGUAAAAUCUCACACUUUAGAAAAAUAUAUUAAGUGUCCCAUUUGCUUUAAAGUAUUGAGAUAUAAGGCUUCCCUAGGACCCCACUUAAAAACUCAUUCUUCCGUGAAAGAUUUUGAAUGCAAAAUUUGUUCAAAUUCGUUUGACAGAAAGACAUCACUUAGGAGGCAUUUAAAAAUGCACUUAGAUCAAAGGAAUUUUAAAUGUUCUAUAUGCCCUAAGACAUUUCUACAUAAGUACAAUCUUCAGCUUCACUUAAAACAUCAUUCAGGAGUUAAGGACUUUUAUUGUGCAAUUUGUAAUCGAGCAUUUUUGUUAAAAGUUCAUCUUAAGCAACAUUUAAAAACACACGUUAAAAGGGAGCGGGUGUAUAAAUGUUCACUUUGUCCAAAGAUUUUUAGACAUAAAUCAUCUCAGGUAAAUCAUGUUAAGUCUCAUCCUGACGAAAAUGGUUAUAAGUGUUCAGUUUGUUCAAAAUCUUUUCCGGUAAGGCGAAAUUUAACUGUACAUUUGAAAACCGUUCACACAGAAAAAAAAUUUAAGUGUUUUCAUUGCUUAAAAGGAUUCAAACAGAAAAGGCAACUUAUUAAUCAUUUUGCAUCACAUAGUAAUGCACGAAAUUUUAAAUGUGAUAUGUGUUCGUUAUCAUUUAAAUUCAACGCCAACCUUCUUAGUCACAAGCGAAAAAUACAUAAUUCCACUAAUAAGUAGUUUUUUAGAAAAAAAAAUAAUAAUACAAAAAUCAUUUAUUAACCCCUUCCAUACGGUGAUGCACACGGGUGCAUCAUGAGUUUGCGUUCGUCAUACGGUGGUGCAACCGUCUUUAUACACAUACACACAUUUUUCUUUGUAUAAAGGCAACAGUCACUUUCCGCACUUUUAAAACCAAUUUUUAUUGCCCAUUUGUUGAAUCGUUGGUUCCAGCAUUUUUGUGAUUCUUUCAGUCCAUAUAAAGCCAUUUGUAGUUUGAGAACUUUGCUUUCCCAAGUAGCAAUUUUUCGACGCAUUGGUUGUCAGUACAAACAAAUGCACUGUAUAUAACGUUGCCACAGUGGACUUUCAGUUGUUUCGGCCAACGACCCCUAACCCGACUGACAUUACGAUGUUACAACGUUAAGUAAUAUCUUUAGUUAUAUGGGCAACUAAGUUAUUACUAUUGUGACAACUACAUAUCACAGUUAAGUUUUUUCAACAAUCGCAACUACUUAAAAACGUUAUAAUGCUAAACUAAUUUACGCCCAUGGGUUUUCUGGCCGACUAGGUAGUUGUCUCUCACGACCCCAGGGCCUUUACGUAUAGUUCUAUAGAUGUGUUUCACGUUUACGGCAACUUCAGGAGCAAAAAAGAAUUUACUUUAUAACCUUACUUUUUUCUUAUUAUUUUAUAUUUUAUUUUGCUGGAAAUUUUCGAUUUAUUUAACAACCUGUUUAUUUGUUUGUUAUUAGCUGGUUUCUCCAUUGUCCAUUGUUUUAUCAGUAGAUUUGAUAAGCUUAAAUCUUUGUAUCAGCUUUGCUAGACAGGGUUGCCAGGCCAGUUCUUACUCUUUCAGUACUAUAUCCGUUGCAAGAUAAUUUGGCUGAAACUCCGACAAAAUAUGUACUUUUUGUACAUAUUUUGUCUGAAUUCCAUCCGAAUUAUCUUGCAGGGGAUAGUAGUUUUGCUUUCAAAAAAUCAAUAGAAAUCAGUAGAUUCUUUUUAGGCCCUGUAAAUACAGUAAAAUCUGUGUUAACGGUUACCUGUCAAAAUCGCCCGGUUUCAUAAUCAACUUAAAGUAAACAUUUCACUUUAAAGUUGACAUUUACCCAUAUAUGAAUUGUGAUAAAGGUAGGUACCAAGUUACUUAAAAUUUAAAAAACUGAUUAUGAAACCGAGCGUUACAAUCAUUUUGAAAAUUCUCCAAACCAAUUAUAUGAAGAUUUCCUUAUUUAGAUCUGGUAUUUACCAGUUUCAUUUCUCUGUCCAUCUAUUAUCAUCAUCUACGUCCUGAAUCUUAUUUUCGGUAAUGACAUUGGGAAAUUGUAACAAAAUGUCUGAAAAUUAAUUUAGAAAUAGGGUGAAUACUAUUAAAAAGCAAAUUUUAUUUUAGUGAUAACAAAAUAUUGAAAUAUACCAAACAUCUAAUAAAAAACAUUGCCUACUAGAAUUUUUUAAAUAAUAUCAAAAAUAUACCAAAACAGUAGAUAUCUACUAAAUGUGGCAACGCUGUUAAGGAGAAUGAUGCACUCGAUGCACUUCAUUGCACUGGUCACAUGACCUCUGUCACCCAAUAAGAGGGUGCGUUCUAAAGUGGUUGGGAUAGUCGGUCCAGGCCGUGUUUGGUCGGCGAUUGGACUUCUCGGUUGUCUCAUCCGUCUAUGGUUGGUAAUAAGGUAUAUUUUAAGUAAUAUUGGUAAUGUUCUUUAAUGCACCAUUUUGGUUUUUUUUGGGAUGUAAAGAAAAUAAAAACACAAAAUAUAAAAAAUGCAGGCAUUUUCUAAUACCUUUAAAAGCACCAUCAAUACAUUAAAUUUAUACAAAACAUCUUUAACAUAAAUUCUGGCUUUUAUAUUAAAAUUAGAUUUUUUAAAUAUACAUAUUUUUUGUUAAAAAGGUGAUAAAAAAUGAGCGCGUGUGUUUUUUAAAGGUGGAAUAUCCAUAUUUGACGGUAAUCUGAGAUGCGUUUAUAAAUUUCACAUCAGGUAAUUUGGUUUAAGUCCUUAUUUAUGUAUUUAUAUAAAUUUAAAUACCUGAUAUGAUGUCAAAAUAGUUUACUUUUUAUAUAGGUAAAAAAACAUAACCAGUCCGACUCUUUGAGCAACCAUUGCACGCAGGCACUUUUUAUGGUCGUUUCAGUUGUCUUAUGCAACGCUUAAGGUUGCCUAGGCAACGUCAAGACAACUCAAAAAUCGUCCACCAAAUUAGUGCAGAAUUGGGUCGUCUUCUAGGCAAUAACAACGUUGUAACAAAACGUUGCCACGCGGUAGACAACGUUGUCGCGUCGACAAAUUGCUACUUGGGUUGUCGUUUAUAACCCUUAGGGCAAUGAAUAUAAACAUCAUGUUGUAGCACUCCGUUGAUGAACGCUGAAGGAAUGUCUAAUUGGUAUACCUUCCAGUCGUUAUUGAGAGCCAGUGAUAAUAAAAUUCUUACACUUGCCAUCUUAGCUACCGGUGAAUAUAUAUCUAAAAACACUUCUUCUUCAUAACCCUUGGCGACUAAGCGAGCUUUUUUCGUGACAUUACUUUUUGUUUUAAAUACCCAUUUUGUAUUUAUGAUUUGUUGAUCAUGAGGUAUUUUUGUGGCUUCACUCCACGUGUUCAUUUUUUCAAGACAGUCUAGUUCUGUUUCUAUUGCCUGCUUCCAUUCAUCUCCUCUACUGCUUCUUCAUAAGUUACUGGUGUUGAUGUAACUAAGCAAUAUGCAUAAUAAAGUUCAUAGUCUUUGAACUUCGAAGGUUGUUUCAUUUCUCUAUUGGAGGAAGUAAUUUUGGUAUUUUGUAAAUUUACUGGUUCUUCAUCUUGUGAAUUAAUUUCAGUAGUGUUUCUUAAUGUUUGGACUGUACUUUCUUCAUAAUUUGUUUCAAAUGUUUCCAUUUCAUUUUGGCUUGGUAAAAUUUCCUCAAUAUUUUGAUUAUUCGACGAUAUUUCUGGAGAAUAUUGAAAACAACAUCUCUUGAAAUUUUGAUUUGCUUGGUCAGUGGAUUCCAAAUUCUAUAACUAGCACCACUGUAUCCAACCAUUACACCUUUACUUGCUCUUGGUUCUAAUUUACUUUGCUUUGGUAGGUUGUAGUACCACACUUUUUAACCAAAAACUCUGAGUUUAGACAAGUCAAGUCUGCCUAAGUAUAUUUCUGCUGGUACUUGUAAUUCAAUUGCUCGUGAUGGAGUUCGAUUAAGCUGAUAAACAGCUGUUCUAACUGCUUCUCCCCACAAAUUCUUUGGAAGAUUUGUUUCUGCAAACAUUGCUCUUACUUUGUCUAAAAUAGUACGAUUAACUCGUUCGGUUAUACUAUUCUGCUGAGGUGUGUACCUUGCAGUAAAUUCUUGUACUAUACCAUGUUGUAUACAAUAGUUUUUAAAAUAUUUAGAAGACAUCUCUCCACCUUUAUCCAUUCUUAUUCUAGAUACUCUCAUGCCUUCUGCAGCUAAUUUUUCAAUAUGAUUAAUAAGAUGUGAUUCGCUUUCACUUUUUCUUGUCAUUAAAUAUACAACACUAAAAUGUGAGAAAUCAUCAAUAAUUGAUAAGUAAUACUUUUCACCAGAAAAUGUGGGAUCUUUGGAUGGUCCCCAAGUAUCAACAUGUAAAAGUUCCCCAACUCUAGAGGAUUUUUUGUAUAUAACUUCUUUAAAAGGAUGCCUUGUGGCUUUUUCUUGUAGACAUGGGUCACAUAGUUUAUCUGAAUAGGGAAGUCCCAACAAUUGUAGUCCCCUUCUAUUUACGUGUCCUAAACGUAAAUGCCAUAAGUCUUUAUCGCUAUGCUUUGCUACUAAACUAGAUUGAAAAUUAUUUAAUUGAAAAUUUGCAGCAAAUAAGUUACUCUUAUGUUUAUAGCAAAUAAGUUUAAAGUUCUUUUUUCUUAUUUCAGCCUUAUUUUCUUUAAAUACUACUGUGAAACCUAAACUGUUUAGUUUACUGACUGAUAAUAAAGUAUAUUCUAAUUCAUUUAAAAUGAGAACAUCAAUGUUAAUAGGAGUUUCAUUGUAAUAAACUUUUAAUUUACCUUGUGUACAAGCGGUCAUCACUUUUACAUCUGCUAUUUUAAUGCCAACAGGCUCAAUUUCAAUAAUAUUACUUAUAAAUUGUUCAUAUUUAUUGCUGCACAUAUUCUGUGAUGCUCCAGAAUCUAUUAUAAACGAAAUUUCGCUGUCAUCAUUCUUGAGAUUUUCAGCUGGUAGGGCUGUGAUAAAACUUAUUUCGUCUUCGGCUACAUGUAUAUUCUGUUUACCUUGUGUAUCAUUAUUGGCUCUUCUGCCACGGAAAUAGUUAUUUCCUCGAAAUAAUCUCCCUCGAUUAUUGUUACCUCUAUAAUUAUUAUUGUUUUUUCUGAAACAAUUGGACACUAGAUGGCCUUCAAGUCCACAAAAUGAGCAUCGGGGUUUUUUAUUGUAUUGCUUCGUAUAAAAAGAGGAUUCUUCACUUACUUGUACAUUAUUUUUCAGCUUCAAUUCUGCAUCUAGUAAUUUUGCUUUAACCAAAUCAACAGUUAGUUUAUCAUUUGAAGUUUCCAAGACAGUAAUAACAGUGUUAAACGUAUCUGUCAUUGUCAACAAAAGCUGACAUACCUUGUCAUCUUCUUCGAUUGUAGUUCCAGUCGAUUCAAGCUCUCGGAUUAAAGAAUCGAAUUCAACGAAAAAUUUUUGUAAAUCGAUACCUUGUUUAUAUUUCAACGUUAACAACUUUUUCCGCACAUAUAAACGAGAAAGAAUACUUUUUCUUUCAAACACUUUUUCUAAACUUUUUAUCAUUUCGAAUGCUGAGUCACAGUCACGAAUAUAUUCUAAAUGUUCAUCUGUAUUGCAUGUGACAAUGAUUGACCUUGCUGUUGCAUCGUGGUUUUUAUGUUGAGAUUGCUCGUCUCUUGACAAUUGUGUGAGUUGCGUUGCAGUUACUUCAGUGGUAAUAAAAUCUUUAACACCUUUGGCAUCUAGAAGAUUGCCUAAUCUAAAUUUCCAUGACGAAAAGUUCGUAGAUGUUAAUUGCGAAUACAAACUCACGGUUGAAUUCGCGCCAUUUAAACUUUGGACUGCCAUUUUUUUUGCGGUCACAACACUGCCGGUCGGUAUAAACAGCAACUCUAAAAAACUUUACUUCUUAUUGAAUGUACUCUUGGCAUGUAAAACUGGAGUCCAUAACCUUUUGGAGAAGGAAGCUGGCCGAGUACUUAUUAAUUAGGUAUAUUUACUGGGAGAUAUAAUUCAUAUGCAACACUUCGUGACAACCAUUUUAUUAGACUACUUCUACUGUCAAUAUUGCCAACCUGAUUUACAUGUUUUUGGGGAUCAGGAUAGCCAACAUUUCAAUACAUAUAGGGCUUUUCAUUCACAGUGAUUUGUUUCGAGCUUCUGUCAUAUGUCGUAUAAUCCGUGUAUAUUAAUAUUAUACACAGAUUAUACAACAUAUGACAGCAGCUCGAAACAAAUGACAAUCGAUGAAAGGCCCUGUUUAAGGUAUUUUUGUUCGAUCCGAAUGUUCUUAUUCAAAUCUAGAGGUGGGGGAACCCAUCUUUAAUUAGUUGUAUUAGUGUGAUAAUAUACAGGGUGUAACAAAAAUGCAGGUCAUAAAUUAAAUCACAUAUUCUAGAACCAAAAAUAGUUCGAUUGAAUCUAACUUACCUUAGUACAAAUGUACACAUAAAAAAAAGUUACAGCCUUUUGAAGAACUACUGACUGCCCAAAGGAACCACACGAAAAGGUUAUUCUUUGUAGGCCGUCUAGCCCCAUAUCUUUUAGCAAGGACGGCUUGUAAUAAAUUAACCUUUAUACAAUACUAAGGACCGGUACUUUCUGUCACGAUUAGAGGAAUUUUGCAUGAAAAAAUUGUAUUAAUAUUAAUUAAUAUUAUUGUAGUAAUUCGAAGAAAUUAAGUGUUAAGCGUUUAUUGUUUUUUUGUAAAGUUAGUGUAUGUCGUAUGUAAAUAAAAUAAUAUAAAGUAA